GAUGACUUCAAAUAUGGAAAUUUGUACCCCUUCCACAAGUUCAGCUGCUAACGAAAAACAAAAUGAACAACAACAUGCUUUCCCUACAAAUUUUAAUUAUUUAGCUGUCGGAAGGGAAGAAGAAAAACUUAAAUGGUUAGUGUUACAACAUGUAAAGCCUAGUACUUUCAAAACAAUUUUUGAACCUAUGAUGAGUAAUAAAAAGCCGAAUAGAAGAGAUGAAUUGACUUGUGUUCAAGCUUGUAUGUUACUUAAAUCUAUACAAGAAUUCCCGGAUAAAUUAGAACCUGCUUGUUAUGGUUUAAUAAAUUUACUCAACACUGAAACAAUGUAUUUGUAUUCUUUGGACAAGAUAAUUACAAAAAUAAUUACAACUGCUGUAGAGGAAAAAAUAAUUAGUUUAUUACUUGCGUGCCAAUUAUUAGUUACCUCCAUUGAUUUUCGAAUGGAACGAAGACUAAAUCCAGAAAAAAUAAAAUUUGUUCGUAAAAGUAUUGAGCAAAUGGAUUACAAAAAUUUGAGAGAUUUGGUGAAACUUUUACUGGUUGAAAAAUUGGAUAAGAUGGAUUAUCUAUUAGAUGAAUAUCAGCAUCAACAAUUGGAACCUAUUGAAGAGCUGGUCAUAGAUUUAGUUGAUCGUCAAAAGAAUUUUUCUCCUGCUUUAUUUUUCAUAAAUGAACGAGUUUCUUUAAAAAUUCGCGAAAUGGUAGCUUCUUUUCGCCCUCUAGCUGAAAUUGGUUGUAUGCUUGGACGUUCGUGGAUGUGGCCUGUACCUGCAAGUCCUAUUUUUUCUUGGAAUUCUCCUACUUGGAGUGUUUGGAAAUUAGAUGAUAGACAGUGCAAAUUACAUUUUAAAACACAUUUGCCGUAUAAUAGUGAAAAUUCUUCUCCACAAACGUAUUUCCAAUAUAUUCUAUUUAAACAACCACAUGGGCAGGACAAUUUAAAUCAUAUUUUACGUCCUUCGCCACAAGUGCAAUCAUCAAAACUUCAAUGUGACGAAGUUAUUCAAAUUUUAAUUUUAGAAGCAAUGUCUGCAAUGGAAGAUUGUGAACAACCUGUUUUGGCACCAAUAAAUCAAUAUAAUUGGUUACAUCUUUCACAUUUGGUUACUUAUGCCUUGUUAAUGGGACAUUGUACACUUUAUCAAUUAUUGCAUAUGUUAUUGCCUCCAUUACGAAGUUGCCAGUAUUUGCACGCUAAAGAAGAAUUAAUGUGGAUAUUAUUACAAUAUAUCUCUAAUGCAAAAUCAAUAGAAAAACAAUUGGCCAGUGGUUCUUCUACAGCUUCAGUUUUGGGUUUACCCUCAAGUGCUGGACUUGAUACAGAAAAUCGGGAAUUAGUUCUACAAAUUUUUAAUGUUCUUUAUACUGAUAAUUCAAUGAAUUGGGGCAAUUCUUGUUCAACAGAACAGCCAUUGGAAAUGGUCCGUUUCUUUGCCCCAGCUGCAAUAUGGUCUCAUCUGGUCACAUCAAUUUCUGCGGCACCAGGAUCUGAACAAAUUCCACAGCCUCAACCACCUGAAAAACUUCGAAAAUUAAUUGAUUUUAUUGAGAAUCAAUUACGAGAUAAUAAAGACCAAAAGCAAUUGGAAAGAAAUACUGCAUUAUUAGCUGUUGUAGCUAAUUCAUAUAGUAAUAAUCACGAUGUUUUUGUUGAACAUGUAAAUAAUACCGUCUUUCCUGAAUUGUCAAAAGUGGGGCAGCAACGAAAUCAGACAAUAUCCCCAACAAUUCAACAAGAAAAAUGGACACUUCCAUGUGGUCGUAAAACAGAGCCAUUCCUUCGUGCCUUAGAAUUAACAUUUUUGGAUUCUUUAACAUUUCAUGCUAAACGUCAACUAUAUAAUUAUGCUCUAAAUCGUGUUUUUAAAUUAAUAUUACCUCCAUUAGGGCAUCAACAACAACAACCAUCUCCACCUAUUUUUAGAUUGCCUUCUCCUGCUCUAGUAGAAAGUAUUGCACGUCUUUUACUUAGUACUGAAUUAUGUGAUCAAGAUGGAGCAAAUUUCUUUUAUCAUGUUCUCUUAACAUUAAAACCGGUGCAAAAUGAGUCACAAAAUAUGUUUUUGGCUCGAAAUGAUUUUUUGGCACUUCUCUUGGAAUUAUUAAAUUUUCGACUUCAAAAUAUUGGAUUUGGUUGGAAAUGGGAUUUUGGAAAUAGAAUAACUUUUAUACUAAAAAUUAUUGAUCAAUUAUUACAUAAUAAAAAUAUUGAACAAUCACCUAUGCCAGUUAUUAUUCAAAUGGCUCAACUUUUAGAACAAACUUUGUUACGUUUUGCGCAGUGCACUUUUCCAAAUGAUUUGAUUAUUGCUUCAGCAGUUGUACUUACAAAAACAUAUAUUGUUAAAUUUUCGCCGGAGAUUUGCCGCAUUUUACUUCUCAAAGCUAUUCGUGCAUUCAAAUUAUUAGGAGAUGUUUACAAACCUUCCACAGGAAAUCUUUCCACUGAUGUUCAACCAAUUCAAGCCGCUGAUGAAAAAACAUUAAUGGAUAUGAUUCCACAAUUAGGCUGGCAAUGGCCGAGAUUUGAACUUCAAUGGUUUCCAACAAAUUUACAACAAGUUCUACAUAAACAAAUGGCUAAAAAUGAAGAAGAAUUGACUGCUAAACAUUCUCAAAAAUUAUUAGAAUUGGAACAAGCAAGUGCUCAAGAAAUGCAAAAUUUGGUGCAUUUAAAUAUUGAAUAUUUUAUGCAACCUCGACCAUCUUCACAACCUCCUACUUUAUUUAUUUCUAUUUUUCGUUGUCUUUACCAAUCUCAAUUUACAAAUUUUCAAUUUCCACAACCUCAAAACCCUCCACCUUCAUCAACACCAAAUUUUUUUGCUCUAUGUUAUAAAAUACUUGGAGCGUUAGUAAAUCGAGAAUUACAUCAACUAACUAAUGCUUUAAUUGAUUGGUUGGCAUCUAAAUGUGAAUGGUUAGGACAAGAUUCGGCGCCUACACAAGGACAUGAUGAAUAUGAUUUGCCUCAUAUACUUAAAAUACUUAAUGAUAUGCUCUUUUCUCAUCAAUUUUUAUCUGUUGAUCGUCUACUUUUUUCAAUUGCCAUUCAUCCAACUGAUGACCAAUCAAACAAAACACUUCUUUGUUUGUUAGCAGCAUUACUUGAAAGUAAAUUUUCUCAAUUACCUGAACGUUUACAUGCUUGUUAUACUUUUGCACCUUCACAUUCACAAACAACAAGCUCUAAUUCUGAAGAAUUUUUUAUGCAAAUGGUUGAAUAUUAUAAGAAAUAUCCUGAAUAUUCUAUUGCUGAACUCUACAGACGUUCUUUAAAUCCACAAGCACAACAACAACAAGAAAUAGUACAUAAUUUACCUGUAUAUUAUGGACAUUUAGCUGAACGAAUAUGUCCAAUUGUUGAUAUUUUAUUACAAAAAGCAAUUUCUAUGGAUUUAAAACCUGCUGUUAUGGAUACUUUACUUUGCCAUUUUUCUCCUAUUUAUAGGAUUCAUCGUAAAUUUAUUUUUUUAAUUAUUUGAUAUCCCUUAUUAGAGUUGUCGGUUCUUAAAAUCUUCAGAUAUCUGGAACCGAACCUAGAUUUUUUCUUUAUUAGUAGUGGGCGAAUAGUCUUGACAAAAUUGGAGUUAUUCCACGCUUAUAUUUCAUACAUUUUUGGUGCCAUAGGCAGAAAUUUGAAUGC